AUGAAAGAAUUUGGAGAAUUUGUUGAAACAGGAAAAGACAAUCCAGCAAUAAUGUUUGAUGAAGAUGGAUCUAGCUUAGAAUUUGGUUUUUGCAACUUCAAAAACCAUGAAGAUGCUGUAAAAGCAGUUGAAAGUUUAAACAAAAAGACUCAUAAAUCUGGAGAGUUCGAAUUUGUUUGUGGUCGUGCACAAUCAAAGGAAGAACGUAAGCAAAUAAUAUUGAGAGAAAAAGCCGCUUACAAACGUCGAGUUAAUAAGUGA